UUACUUCCGGGUUCUGUGCACAAACAGACUUGUCGAAACUGUCAGUCAUCAUGUCAGCUCUCCUCCGCAGACUGUCUGGGCAACACGUCUCCUUCAGGCCGAUGCUCCCUCUAAACCUGCGGGAAACACGUGAACAGACCUCCGCUCUGAUCCUCCGGGACGGAGCAGCACGUCAUACCGGCGAAGGUCGGUGGAACAGUCCCGCACAGAGCCGCAGGCAGCACACGGAGGCUGCGGAUCCGCUUGAGGUGGAUCUGAAGCGUUUAGAGGGGGAGGACGACGGGAUCGUCGAGGUUCUGAUGUGUCGACACAAAGCUAGAAACGCUCUGGGACAUGUGUUUGUCUCACAGAUGAGGGUGCUGGUGUCCUGUCUGUCCUCUGACCAAGCAGCUCGUGUGGUCGUCUUCAGGAGCUCAGUUCCAGGUGUUUUCUGUGCAGGGGCAGACCUGAAGGAACGCUCUCAGAUGGAUCACACUCAGUCAGAUCUGUUUGUUCACAGCCUGAGAUCCCUCAUGACUCAGAUAGCAUUGUUGCCCAUGCCCACCAUUGCGGCGGUGGACGGCGUUGCUGUGGGCGGGGGGCUGGAGCUGGCUCUGGCCUGUGACCUUCGCACUGCAGCGUCCUCCGCUCAGAUGGGUCUGAUCGAGACGACUCGGGGGCUGCUGCCGGGGGCAGGGGGCAGUCAGCGUCUACCCAGGACAGUCGGCAUCCCUCUGGCCAAAGAGCUCAUCUUCACAGGAAGGUGUGUGGACGGGGUCUCAGCUCUUCAGAUGGGUCUUGUGAACAGAUCAGUGGAUCAGAAUCAGACAGGAGAUGCUGCCUACAGAGAAGCUCUGAGCCUGGCUAGAGAGAUCCUCCCCCAGGCCCCUCUGGCGGUGGGACUGGCUAAAGAGGCUAUAAACAGAGGGAUGGAGGUAAACAUGAGUUCAGCCAUGGCCAUCGAGAGGAUGUGUUACGCUCAGGUGAUCCCAACGCGGGACAGACAGGAGGGGAUGGCUGCUUUCAUAGAGAAGAGACCCCCACGAUACACCGGAGAGUGAACACACACACACACACACACACACACACACACACACACACACACACACACACACACACACACACACACACACAGAGCUCAAAUUAAUGUGAGCACAUGUUGAAGGUCAGAGUGUUGAGGAGGAAGUGUUAUUGAUCAAAGAGCUGUGGCGCCAUUUUUGAACUGAUUCUAUGAUUGUUUAUUUUCACAUGAAUUUGAUGUUUGUAAUAAAAGUUCACUCACACACGUUGUCUCCACUUUA